AUGUCUAAUACUGAAAAGCCCUCCUGGCGUAGUCUGGCUGGGAGCUGCGACUUGUGCGGCCUCUGCCACAAGGAAACGACGGCAUCGGCUGACAAUCACCCACCAAGGACGUCUUCCGUGGUCCCAAACAGAACAUCAGCCGCCUUGCCUCCCGAUCAAGUAUCGCUAAGAUCUCUUCCUCGAGCGAGUUCCGCACCUGUUCCAAGUCCGCAACCACCGGCUAUUUCAGUGACAAAACGUACUCCCAUUGCUGCCGUUACAGCCCAAGUCUUCACUGCCCCACAGCAUACGCCGGACUUUCCCGUUGCACCUCAAGUCUCUAGUGCUCGGCAGUCUACAACAUACUCUUCUGGUACUUCAACUCAGCAGCAAGCUGACCUUCGCCAACUAUGGGACGAAGCUAUCCAGAAGAUGAAAAAUUCGCCAGAUGGCGAAAAGCUAGCUGAAGUGAUCCAGGUUCAACAGAACACCCAUUCAGGAGAUACUGAUGUGACCUUGAUGGGACUAAUGUCUCGACUGCAGAAUGAGAUGGGGCGUGUGGGACUUAAAGGAAAGAUAGCAGAUCUUAUGGGCAAAGUAGUUUCCCAUUUGAAUCGCUUUGCUAUUGUGGGUGAUAUUGCUGUCAGCACCAACCCCAAUCCUGCGGCAUUGCCUUGGGCUGCCGUACGAUUUAUUCUUCUGAACCUGACCGCCGGUGAAGAAAUCAGGGACAAAAUCAUUGAAGGCAUCGUUCAAAUCACCAUCCUGGAGUUCGAAUGCAGUGUCUACCAAGAAGUUCAUCUGGCGUCUUUAAACUCCAGCCAACAAGCCACGCGCCGAAGACUCCGAGAUGCCAUUGUGGAAGUAUUUGCUCUAUCCAUUAAACUUCUCGGUUUUGCCCUUCAAAGGCAACAAGCAGUAAUGAAGAGCAUGACGGACGCUUUCCGGAUUGAAGACUUUGCGAGCUAUUUGAGAGAUCUCGCUACAGCGAAGGUCCGUCUACAUGACGCUGGCCACCACUGUGAUAUGUAUCACAAUUAUGAAAGUCGAGGCCAACUCAAAGAAUUGCACGACCUGGUAAUGCUUAAUGUCAAUGAGGGAGCCGAGGAUAGGGCCAGGAUGCAGCUGAAGGAUCUUCUCAUCGACCCAAAAGAUGUCGUCGACCACAUUCACCAUCCCGGAAACUCUUUCUGUCUCGAAGGCACACGGGUGGCUAUUUUACAGGACAUCAUGUCAUGGUCAAGUGAUUCGAAAAGCCCCUGUGUUUGCUGGCUUCCAGGUCUCGCUGGCACAGGGAAAAGCACCAUCUCUCGCACGGUUGCCCGCGACCUGAAGGGCAAAUCACUUGGGGCGAGUUUCUUCUUUAAGACAGGCGCUGGGAAUCGCGGUGAUGGACGGUUUGCGUUUGCCAUCAUCGCCUAUCAACUGGCCCUAAACUUUCCUCCGAUACGCCGCCACAUCCUUGUCGCGGUCAAGGAAGAUCCGACAUCAGCUAUGGCUCCAAUGCAGGUCCAAUGGCAGAGACUGAUCCUCAAUCCACUUUCUCAGCUACAAAGCAAAGAGCUCGGAAAGCCCCUGGUCCUAGUUAUUGAUGCAUUGGAUGAAUGUGAAGAGAACGACCGGAAGCAAAUUCUUCAAAUUCUUCAGGCAUCAUGUCCAGCAGCUUUACGAAUAUUCAUUACCAGCAGACAGGAACCUGAUAUUGAGGGUCAAUUUGCAGCGUAUCAACAGUCAUAUCAGCAGAUUGUACUUCACCGAGUCGACCAAGGAACCAUUGAGAAGGAUAUCACCGCGUUCCUCAAGUACAACGUUGAGGAGUUUGUGUUUGAAUACAACCGAUGCCAUCCACAGAAGCACUUGCAGAUUGAUGCAAAAUGGCCUGGCAACAUGCGUUUCUAG